GUUGCAGUUGAAAGCUGCGUGGAUGAAUACCUCCAGCAGGAAGGAUUGCGUCGAGAGCCAGUCCCAACGGACGGCCAUUGCUUGAUACACGCGUGGCAUAGGGUAAGUGAAAAACCAGUUAAUAACCUUUUUCAAAAGUAAUUGAUCUGAUUCUGAUGACUAAACAGAAAAAAAGACAUCUUAAGCUGGAUACCAGCUAGGAUAUUAGUUUACGGCUUUUUCCAGAGGAGAAGUGAUACACCCGGGCAUCUGGCCGAUGUUGAAAGAGAUAUGGGGACUUUCAUGUUAAUUUGUCCUUGAGUUUAGUCUAGGGGAGGUGGGGGCCCACUUUACUUUUAGACCACAUUAAGGCCCGCAGGGUUAAGGAAAAAUACCCUGUUUCCUCGAAUAAUAGCCGUCCCUCGAUUAAUCUCCUCCCUCGAAUAAUCGUCCCCCUUUGACGGAAAUAUUUAAAAUAAUCGCCUCCCUCGAGUAAUCGUCCCCUUUUGGUGGGAAAAAAGAAAUAAUCGCCCACGGCUAUUAUCCUUAUCGAGUCAUGUUGCAUGUGAAGUUGCCUGCGUGCAGACAAAGGAAAUAGGAGACGUCUGCACGCAGGCAACAUGUGAAGUUAACAUGUGAAGCUGCCAAACUUCGGGAUGACUGAGAGAAGAUUGGGAACGACUUGUGUGUUUAGGCGAAAUGGCGAUCAACAUGGCGCGAAUGGAGCGCACAACUGAGAGCGCACAAGUCGCACAAGGCGCGCAGCUUCAGCGGGGGCAGGGAAAAGAAAGGUAUGCGUCAAAAUCCAGUCUUUUGGCUAUCACACAGACUCUUGUUAAGUUAUUUGUAAGUAGUGGCAGACACUAGAAGGUUGAAUAUUCUACAGUAAGUAAAAUUCGUUAGAAUUAACUCAAAAAGUCAUCUUGAAUUAGUACGCCAGUUUUUCAUCCUGGAAGACCGAGAGAAAAACCUGGAAAUUUCGUUUCCGUGUGGCGCAGGCAAUCUUCAGAAUGGAUAAGAGACAGAAAAAUGUUGCCCUUGUCUAGAAUUCCCCCUUCUAAUUAACCCAGCCAGAUGACUGAGUUUUGUUUAUAACGCCUCGGACGUUCACCAUUCACUUUGGCCCUGCCUGAAAUUCACUGGCUUUCAUUUGCAUAAAAUUAGAUCUACUUGUUGCCACAAACCAUAAGAAGAUGGAGUUUAGGGAAUUUUCAACUGACUAAUAUGAUAUAUUGCAUAUUGUUUUCUCAUUAGGCCAUGCAGAUGCAGGAAGAGGGAGCUCACACGUUCCCAACCUACAAAGCUCUACUAAAUGCUGUUGUAGCCGAGUUAUAUGAUCAUAAAUGGUUUUAUGCUGCAUUUAUGCCGGAAAACUGGGAAAACGAACUGAGUGCCUACUAUUAUGAAGGCGCAUUUAACUGCGACAUCGUAGACCUCAUUAUUUAUGCAUUAACCAACCUUACAGAGAAAGCCUGCAAGGUGAUUACAGUAGCCUCUGAUAAGGUGGCCUUCAUACACGAUAUCACACCCAACAAGGAGGAGAAGAAAUGUCUCCAACCAGGGCUCAUGUUCAUGCUCAAAGACUUGCACUAUGAGCCCCUGGUUAAAAUAGUAAGUGAAUCCAUAUUUUUUUGA